CGAGUUAUCUGUUGACUAUAAAAGCUGAGCUUUGCCACAUAGAUGUUACAACUGGGAUUUUGGACCAUCAUGAUGUUCAGGUUUUCUUGGAUCUGCCUUCUCCUUUUGAGUCACCCAGGUCAACCAAUAUCAUUGAAUGUACCCAUGGUGCCAAUGGGCCACAGUGCAAUGAGCCAGGCUGGCCAGCAGGGGGCUUCCCCCAUUGGCACUGCUGUGGGUCAGGAAACCCAGCGGCAGCAAGCCCAGAUGAUGCAGGCGCCCCAGCAGCAGCAAGGCCAGAUGAUGCAGGCCCCAGUGAAGCAGACACCCCAGCAGCAGCAACCCCAGCUCCGCCGGUACCAUGCGCCGCAGCUGCCCCAGCAUCAAGCCCAGAUGUUCCAGACGCCGAUGCAGGCACCCCAGCAUCAAGCCCAGAUGUUCCAGAUGCCUGUUCAUGCACCCCAGCAGCAAGUCCAAAUGCCUCAGGCUGCAGCUCCCCAGCAGCAACUGCAUGCCCCAGCACUGGCACCCCAACAGCAAGCCCAGAAGCACCGGGCCCCUGUGAUGCAGCCGCACCUGCGGCAGCAAACCCAGAUGCAGCAGCCGGCCCAGAUGAUGAUGCAGCAGCCGGCCCAGAUGAUGAUGCAGCAGCCGGCCCAGAUGAUGAUGCAGCAGCCGGCCCAGAUGAUGAUGCAGCAGCCGGCCCAGAUGGUGCAGCAGCAGCCGGCCCAGAUGAUGAUGCAGCAGCCGGCCCAGCAGCAGCAAGCCAAGGUUCCCCAGCAGCAGCAGGCCCAGAUGUUCCAGAUGCCGGUUCAGGCGCAGCAGCAGCAGGCCAAGGUGCCCCAGGCCCCAGUCCAGUCUCUAUCUUCUGUGAGUUCAGGCUCUGCUGGUUCCCAAAGCAGCUCCUCCACAGGUGCAGUAGGCCCUGAUGCUGAGGCUGCCUCAUCAAGCCAAGAUCGCUUCAUCACACUAACUGCACCUUCAGGCUUCCAAACCAGCUAUGUUGUCCGGUCCUUCCACCGCUACUCAAGGGGCAAGAGGGUGUUUUCCCAAACCACCUACAUCCCCCUGGACUUCCCUCCUCCCCCUCCUGCUGAUCCUGCCCCUGCUGAACAGAUCACACAGGAUGUCCUGCCUGCAAGUAAGAACUCUGCACCGGCUGAACAGGAAACCCAGGAUGACAUCCCUGCCAGGAAGGGCUGAGAUUUGUUCCUGAACAACAGACACCAUGGUCCUGAAUUCUAUUUAUUUUAGUAAUAAAACGUGUUUCGCAUAA